AUUUGAAAGACCAGCCUAGUUGUUUGGUAAUUAUAAACAUAUCCAUCGUGUUUGGUGUUUCUGUUCGACAUCCUAAUUUAUUUGAAUUCGAACUUUUAAAUAUAAACUGAGUUUGUACUUUGUUAUUAGUCCCAAGUAUCUUAGCGGGAAUACGAGUUCGGCGGAGACAAUAGUGGGAGAAAUAAUAGAGCACUAUUAAAACUGUUAUUCGACCCGCCUUUGUCUUUUUGCAAGCACAGAAAUGGCAGAAUUUGGUGUUGGUGUAGCUGUACCUGCUAAGCCUUCCAGCCGUGUUUUGAAGCCACCAGGUGGUGGAUCAUCUAUCUUCACUGGGCCUGAAGUGAAGGAACAAAAACCGCGCAACAUGAAGAAUCAACAAAAUUCUACCUCGAUGAAUGAAGUUAUGGGUACCGUUGAUCCAAACAUAUUAAUCUCCCAGAAAACUGUCGAACCUAAGGCAGAAUCGCAAUGUACAAUGCCUACAGAAACUAAACAAGAGGGUAAUGAUGGCAAGGUAGAGCCAAAAUCAGCUUCGGCAAAUGCGCCUCAAGUAAAUGGAACUCGUGGUAAAGUGCCACCAGGAGGUUUUUCAGCAGGAUUUUGGUGAAAUAUUGGAUGUUAACAAAAUUGGUUCAAAUGAUUUUGCAAUACAUUGUUUUUCUAUUUUUUUUAAUUGCGAAUUUUUUCUGUUAUCAUUAAACAAGGGCACUAGUAUUUUCAUUUAGCUUAAAAUAAUUUUUCAUAUUUCACAUUCAUAUAAUCAAUAACUUAUUUUAAUAUUUAACUUAAUUUUAGCUCUAUUAUUAAAUAAGGUUUCUAAAUUAUUUUAUUCAAUC